AUGUCUUUCGCUAAAUCCAUAUCCGGGGUUGCCCUCGCCAUUGUCCUCCUCCAGGGAGCCAUGGGAAAUCCGGUCUCGAAAACUACCUAUGUGUAUGCCUCCAGUGUUUCCAGCCCUACUCCGAGUUCGACAACGGUUGAGUAUGAAGGCCAAUGGGAUGCCUGUGACAAUACUCCUGCCCCAUAUGGGUGUCCAUCUUCUUCCAGCUCUACAUCGGCCUGUCCAUCAAUCUGUGCGGAUUAUAUCAACGAGUGUGGAAUGAUGUAUGGCGGUUGCUUGUAA